AUGAAGUUUCUCACUACCGUCCUUGGCCUCGCCUCUGCUGCGAAUGCCCACACUCUCUUCACCACCCUCUUCAUCGAUGGUGAGAACCAGGGCGAUGGCACUUGUGUUCGUCAGCCCAAGGAUGCUUCCAAGGCCAACAGCCCUAUCUACCCCAUUGACGGAGCUGCUAUGGCUUGUGGCGAGAACGGUGGCAAGGCUGUCCAGUACACUUGUCCCGCCCAAGGCGGUGCUAAGCUCACCUUUCAGUUCCGCGAAUCUCCCAGUGGUCACAAGAAGGGUGCCAUUGCCGAAGGCCACCGAGGCCCAUGCUCCGUCUACAUGAAGAAGGUCGACGAUAUGAAGUCAGACUCUGCUGCUGGCGACGGCUGGUUUAAGGUUUUCGAGGAUGGUUACAAUGUGAAGGAGGACAAGUGGUGUGUCGACCGCCUCAUCGAGAACAAGGGUCUUCUUUCUGUUGACCUUCCUACUGGUCUUCCUGCUGGAUACUACCUCGUCCGACCCGAGAUCCUCGCCCUGCACAGUGCUCCUGAGGGCGACCCUCAGUUCUACCAAAGCUGUGCUCAGAUCUUCAUUGAGAACGGCCCUGAGGGUUCUCUUGAGAUUCCCGAGAAGUACGAAACCAGCAUUCCUGGCUAUGUUACCAAGAAGGACCCUGCUGUGACUUUCAACAUCUACGACGAGCAUGGCGAGUACCCUAUCCACGGACCUCCUGUCUGGAACCCUACCUCUAAGGAGACUGGCACCAAGAAGACUCAGAAGGAUGGUCUCAUUCCCAAGAACUGCUUGGCUAAGAAUGCCAACUGGUGCGGCAAGCCUGUUGCCAAGUACUCCGACCAGACUGGCUGUUGGGAUGCAGCUAAGAAGUGCUGGGAUCAGGUUGGUGACUGCUGGGACAAUGCUCCCCCUACCGGCGGUUACGGUUGCGAUACCUGGAACGACUACUGCCAGGAAAUCAACGACGCUUGCAAGGCGACGAACUUCAACGGCCCCCCUGCCUUUAGCGGCAAGGAGCACUACGUCGAAACCCCAGGCCCCAUUCCUGCUGCUUACGGAAACUUCAAGGCCAGCGAUGUAACUAAGAACAUCAAGAACACCUACUCGAACUAUGCGCCUGCUGGAGACUACAACAAUGUUCCCAGCAACGACGUCCCCAGCAAGACAACUAAGACUGUGAAGGCGCCUGCUGCCACUACCAAGGCGUCGAAGCCUGUCUACGUCGAUCUGCCUUCUCAAGAAACUGCGACUCGCAGCAAGAGUAGCGAUGAGGAGAACACCCUAUUUACCGACACUCCUGUUGCUGUUGCUCCUCGUCCCAUUGAGACCUUCCCUGUCAAGGUAUCCGAAGACGGUCGUUGCGGCGGCGAGACUGGUCAGACCUGUGAGGCCAGCAAGUUUGGCGACUGCUGCUCUCGCGAUGGCAAGUGUGGCCGCAAGACCAAGCAGUGUGGAUGCGGUUGCCAGAGUCUUUUUGGUAUCUGCAACCCCAAGUAA